AUGGAUGCCGAUGUUGGAGCAGAGAAGGAGUUUGAGAAAGUAGUGCUGGGUGUCUACAUCGUGGAACAUCAACAUGCCGAUGCAUCAGACUCAUUGGAGGACUUUGGAAUAAUCAUCGAUGGCAUUGCAGUUCUUCAAGACCUAAAACACAUUCCAACUGGAUGGGCGCUCCUUCUUGGAUUAAUCUACUGUCUGGACAUGAACUCUCGAAAGGGACUCGGAUUUCUGGCCAGUUUCCGAGGGACCGUCCAACAUGGCCUCCCGCUGGAAAUUGGAGACACGGUGCAGAUUCUGGAGAAAUGCGAAGGCUGGUACAGGGGAUUUAUCUUGAAGAAUCCCAAUAUCAAGUUCCGCUGCUGUGGCGUGACCAACCACACGGACUGGUUCGAAGUCUACAACGCGUCCCGUGUUCCCGACUCCUGCUGCCUGGAGUACAGCGACAACUGCGGCCUGGACAACCCUGGCACCUGGUGGACUGCUAGCCCCUCCUACUGUGUACCUCCUGCUGGGUCCCUCCUGCUGAGUGCCUCCUACUGGGUCCCUCCUGCUAGGUGCCUCCUGCUGGGUGCCUCCUACUGGGUCCAUCCUGCUGGGUUCCAGUGGAACUGUGUUGAUUGA